AUGCAACUACCCUCCUGUUUACAACAUCAAAGGAAAAAAUCCAUAUUCUUCCUUCAGACUGAAACCAGUUUCAAUCGUGACUAUGCCUCCAAUUAUUCUCUGACAAUUGCCAAUCAAAACUCUAGCGUAAAUUUGGAUCUAGUUGUUAGCCGGCGGAUUUCCGAUCCCGUCUGGAAUCUCUUAACAAUGCAUAUGACAUUUGCCAAAGAGAAUGCUUGGAGUAAAAUCAUGUCUUUUGAUUUGAAUUUUUGUGAAUUGCUGCAGCAGAGUAAAACACCGGGUUUCCAGCUGCUUGGUGUGUGGAUGAAUAAUGUGCGGAAAUAUGGUGAACUGCCAAGGGAGUGUCCAAUCAGGGAGGGCCACUAUACCUGGCGCAAUUUUAAAAUCGACAAGAAUAGCAUCCCAAACUUUGUGGCCAAGGGAUACUAUCGCCUUGGAGUGCUUAUGUAUAUACGGAGGAAUGAUCAAAGGGAAAUGCUCAUGAAUUCUACGGUUGAUUUAAUGGUGAAAAAUAAAUAA